AACAUCCAGGAAGGGGAGGAGAUGGUCCGUGUGCCGGGCAGCUUAGCGUCCGCCAUGAAGGUGAAGAACAACCAAGACGGCACCUACAUCAGUCUGGUGGGAGCCGACAUUGGAGAGCCAGGCUUCGAUAUGCCUCAGAUCAACGAGCGUCACACCGGCAAGCCAUACCGCUAUGUCUAUGGUACUGGAGGCUACGACCGUGGCUACUUCAGGAAUUCGGUGUGUAAGGUGGACGUGGAGACGGGGCGCUCAUUAAAGUGGCAAGGGAACGAGUACCAGUACCUCUCAGAGCCCACCUUCGUCUCCGCUCCUGACGCUGUUGACGAGGAUGACGGAGUAAUCCUCUCCUCCGUUGCUGACGUCCGCAAAGACUCACCGGACUUCCUGCUGGUGCUCAACGCCCGGACUAUGGAGGAACUAGGGCGAGCUGAGAUCGACGGUCAAUUGCCAAACAGCUUACACGGCGUCUUCCUGCCGGAGAAGCACUGAGUGGAGGGGGUGCAUGUGUGGGGGUCCUGGGGGAGGUUGGGAGAGAGUAGAGUUCUUCUGUAGUCGUAGUGCCGGAUUGAGGUGGUCAUAAAGAGUGACGUCACAGUGCUACGAGUGAAGUCAUAAUGCCGUGAAUAAGGUUCAUGGUGUUGUGACGUCACAGUGCCGUGAGUGAGGUCAUUUUGUUGUGACGCCAUAGUGUCGAAAUGAUUUCAUGGUGUUGUGACGUCACGGUGCUCGCGAGGUUAUUACAAACUCGGCGCCGUGACGACAUAGCGCCGUAAGGUCGUUGACUACAUGGUGACAAACAAACUGUGAUCUUACAGCGUAAUGCUGGUAGAACUAUUGUUAUUAUUUGUUCACAAUUUCUAGUUAUCGUCUCAAACUUGCACCUUAGUUUUUUAGUGUCUAUAAACCAUACCAUCUCCCAUUCACAAAACAUAAUUAUUACUUUGUUCACAAACAUAACAUUACCUCUGUCUCAAACUUAGGACAUUUUAUACUAAUAGAUUAGGACAUCUAUUGCAGAAUCAGUGUAUUGUUUACAUACACAAAAUAACAACUUCCAUAUUGUCUUAAACAAUGAUGAGUCACAACCCACCUUAGUACAACCAACUCUAACAGGCAUAUCACACGUCACGUCUAUACUUCCCGUCAUUAAUGUUCCUAUAAGUACACCUGCUGUCUACACCUCUCAUACUUCUAUCUCUCUAUAGUUAUCAGGUUGCAUUAAGGUCACUGAACGAUAAGAGAAUUGUUGAUAUAUUUCUAUUAUGUAUAUAAUAUAUAUAUAUAUAUGUGUGUGUGACUGUGUGUGUGUGACUGUGUGUGUGUGCGUGUGUGUGCGUGUGUGUAGUUUAAGUGUUGUACAGAAUAUAAAUUGUAUUUUCACGAUGGGCAUUUAGUAAGUCUGUUUAGUAGAUAUUUAAUUUUGGAUCAGCUAAGUCGACCAUCAGGUGACUAAUAGCAUCAGUGUCCGAUGAACGAAUGCUUCUUACAUGAUGUCAUACACAAAUGAUCAAAGCAAAAGUAUUUAUUCAGUGACGUCAUGUGAAGAGGCGGAAUCUAGCUGAUACACAACAUAUUUAUAAACAGUUUAAUUUCAACAGUUUUCAGUCAUCUUUAUAACUUGCUUUACUUUAGUUACCAUAGAAGACAUUUGUUGUACAAGAAAUACUUUUUAUUACUUUAUAUUACAAUAUAAUAGCCAAUCAAACGCUCAACUUGUAACUUUUUAAAUCAGGGUUUGACGGACUACCCACCCAAGUACAGUAUAGUUUUCCCACACCUGUCUUGUAACACAGGUGUGAGGAACAGGUGUGUGCUGGGUUGAUGAUGAGUGUUCCACAACUGUUUUACUUGACUCGUCUUCCACACCUGCUACAACAGGUGUGGAUGGGGAUAAUGAUGAGUGCGAGGAGUAGGUGAGGCAGCUACCAGGUAUGGGCAUUACCUUCCAUGUGUUCUAUUUUGAUUAGUGACGUCACGGAAUUUCCUUUUAUCAAUGACGUCACAGUUGUCCCUCUAUCAACAAUGACGUUACAAAAUCCAGACGAGCCAAUCAUUUGUCGGAUAUGACUAUGACGUCAUUGAUGAGGUCACAAACCCGUUUUACUGGUUGAGUGUUGCAUAAAAAUCCCACACAGUUUGUAUUAAUAUAAUAAUUAUUGAAUGAGUGUUUGCUGCUGGGCGGUUGUGUCGUGACAUCAGCUGCUGCGGUGGUGUGUGUGUGUGUGUGUGUGUGUGUGUGUGUGUGUGUGUGUGUGUGUGUGUUGUUGUUUUUGUUUUUGUUUAGUGUUAAAAAUAAAUUUCUUCUCGUA